AUGAAAGGUACACCUAGUGAACCGCAGCACGCACUCAAACUGGUAUGGGCAGGCACCAAGAUCAAGGCUUUAAAUGUGUUAGAAGAUGUGGAAUUAAGGAAUGGAAUCAAAGAAUAUUCAAAUUGGCCAACUAUCCCUCAGGUUUAUGUAAAAGCUGAAUUUGUUGGUGAUUGUGAUAUUGUAUUAAAUAUGCAUCAGUCAGGUGAAUUAGAAGAAUUGCUAGUAGAAAUAUGCAAGAUGAUGUCUCAUUUUAAGCGUACGUAA